AUGGAUUCGACUGGAACUGUGUUCGAUCCUGCAGCAUUUCAGGCUUACACUGAACUGCGAAGGAUUGCCAGUGAAUAUCACCUCGAAGAUGAGCUUGAAGUUCCACAAUUAGUAGUAGUUGGUGAAACAUCUGCGGGAAAAUCUAUGCUUGUCCAGAACUUUCUUCGGUUUCCAUGCUCAUUCACUGCCCAUGACAUAGCGACUCGGUGCCCUGUUUCCUAUCGUCUGGUUCACAACAGCACCCUUGCUGGAGGCGAGAAACGUGUUACUAAACCGCCAGGUGUUACUCAUCCGGAAAAGUUGGUAGAUCAUCUGAAAAUCGAAAUGGAACGUAUUGCGAAGGACGUAGCAAGUGGCUUCAGUAGUCAUUGUUUUGAAAUCGAAAUUGAAAGCGCUGAAUAUACAGAUUUUGAAAUUGUAGACGUACCAGGUCUUGUCACAGGCAAUCCGCAGGCUGAUGUACGAGCCGCCGUCGAGGGCAUCGUUGAAAAUUACGUACGCAAUCCACGUUUUUCAAUAGUGUUACUCAAAGAAGCUGGUCAGCUUUUGCAGAAUGCUACUGGUGCGCUGCGUAUUCGCGAGUUGUGUACAGCUCCGCAGGGAUUCGCUACUACACUUCCACCGCGUCCAGACUACUUAAACCAUAUGAUUACUGUUCAAACAAAAUUUGACUCAUACUUGUCAAUGAAAAACGGUACAGACGCCAACCAGAAGAUCGAAAAUUUACGCAGAGAGUUGGGAGAGACAUACUUUGUUAAUAUGAUAUUCGAUGGCUACUCGAUGGCAGAUCAUUCAUUUGAACAAAACGUUGAAUACAUCGCUAAGCUACCUGAGCUGGAACGGACGCAAGUUGAUCAUUGGAUUGAAGAGUUGGAUAAAGCAGCCGGGUCGCCACCGCAGGGUUUUCAAAAGUUUAACUCGACAGAGUAUCGGCCUCUUAUUGGCAUUGACGUGGUGCGUCGUCAGAUCCAACAACUUUGGCUUAGAGUAAGUACUGGAAAUAUUAAAUGUGAAUGUCUAUCAUUUACCACAAGUCGUCAUCCCCAGAUUCAUCCCUAA